AAAACAGCAGCAGCUUCGACUCGCUCACAGUGGAGAAGAAGCGCAUGAGGAAGAUCCGUCUUCAUUCUCCUCUCACACUCAACUCAUCUUUACACUGAGAAACGCCGACGCGUAUUGACAGACUGAUCUCUGCUCCCAUGGAAGCUAAUCACAGCGGCUCAACUGGAGGCACGCAGCCAACUGGGCACGUUUAUGAAGUCGCAGUUCAGAGCAACUCGACAAACCGCAGCUCCCAGUUUGCAGACGUGGCCUUGCUGCAGACCUUCAAGCCUCUCAUCAUCCCGUGUUACGUGCUCGUGGUGGUGGUGGGCGUCUUCGGGAACUACCUGCUCCUCUACGUCAUCUGCAGAACCCGCAAGAUGCACAACGUCACCAACUUUUUCAUCGGGAACCUGGCCUUCUCUGACAUGCUCAUGUGCGUCACCUGCGUCCCCUUCACUCUGGCCUACGCCUUCAACCCUCACGGCUGGGUGUUCGGACGCUCCAUGUGCUACCUGGUGUUCCUCAUCCAACCCGUCACAGUCUACGUUUCCGUCUUCACACUCACUGCUAUUGCUGUGGACAGAUAUUAUGCAACGGUUCAUCCUCUGAAGAAGCGGACCUCUGUGGCGACCUGCGCCUCCGUCCUCACCGGGAUCUGGCUGCUGUCUUGCGGUUUGGUGGCUCCAGCGGUGACUCACACCUACCACGUCGAGUUCAAAGAGGAAGGCUUCACUAUCUGCGAGGAGUUCUGGUUGGGUCAAGAGAAAGAAAGACGUGCUUACGCAUACAGCACCCUACUGGUCACGUACGUCCUCCCUCUGUCGGCCGUUUUUGUCUCGUAUCUCUGCAUCACCGUCAAACUGAGGAAGUGUGUCGCUCCGGGCCACCGGACGCCGAACCAGACGGGCGCUCAGCAGGCCCGGAAGAGGAAGAUCUUCCGCCUGGUCGCGCUUCUGGUGUCUGCUUUUGCAGUGUGCUGGCUUCCCAUUCACGUGUUCAACGUGCUGAGAGACAUCGACAUCCACCUCAUCAACAAGCGCUACUUUUUGCUCAUCCAGCUGCUGUGCCACCUGUGUGCCAUGAGCUCGUCUUGCUGUAACCCCUUUCUGUACGCGUGGCUGCACGACCGCUUCCGCGCCGAGCUGCGGAAGAUGUUCAAGUGCCGCCAUCGUAUCGGAGUUCCCGCCAAUCACUGUGCUGCUAGUGUGGUUCUGUAGCUACCUGGUGGAAAAAGCCUCUGUUCUUCAUGUAAAUUGUUGGCUCAUCUUGAGUGCAAAACCCAUCCACUAAAACUCUGAUGACAAUCCAGGCAUUAGUUAUGUUGUCAUGAGAAAUGAUCGAGGGCAAAGAGAGUCUCCAGAGAAAAGGUUCAUCCUCUGAAGAGUCACGUUCAUAAAAAUGUUCUGAUUACAGUUCAAGAUUUACAAUUAAAAGGUAGAAAUUUUGGUCCUGAUGGUAGCAAUUAAAAGGCAGAUCAUUCAGUUGUUAUGAAAAUCAACAAACUUUCCUACAUCUAAGCUACUGAUUAUCUUGUGGAUAUAAGAAUAAGAACUUAAGGUAUACAAAUGAUUUAAAAAUUAAAUAAAAACAGCAUUUGAUAAGGAAAAAGCCAAAUGUUGAAAAGGAGUCUCAUGAAAAGCUUAAUAGAUGAUACUGAGUACAGCUGAGAGGCCCAGACAGCAAUUAGCUGCUCAAUUUGGUGACGAGAUGAGAGUUCGGAACCUCAGUGAAUCAAAUGAUCGGGCUCAUGAGAUUGCAGACAUAAGAAGAAGCCAUAAAAAAGAACUGGUUCCUCCUCUGGGAACCAAGUAGAUUUUAAUGGGGUCAAUACAUAAUUGAAGGACUUCAGAAGUCCAUAUUAUUUAUCUUGCAUACAUUUUUAUUAAAAGUAAAAACAACUAAUGUUUUUAUGUUCAUUAUGAUCAUGUCUUUACAAAUUCCAUAGUCAUUUACUAUGGAAACAAUCAUUUACUAAUAAAAAAUUACUGGACAUCACUAAAAUGUCAACUAAAUAACCAUCCGAAUUUAAUAACCGCCUUCUAAUUAGAUAAACAAUAAUAAAAUGAGUUUAUUCAAAAAUAGUUUUGAGUGUGUUCUUUUUAUUAAGUUGAGAUAAUCAUGACAGAUAUUUCUUUUUUGCCAAUAUAUCAAAUUUUAUAUGGAAAAUAACAAAUUGUAUCUGUGUCCCAGAAAUCACUUUCAACUAAGUUCCCCAUUACAAAAACACCUCUCAAAGAAGUGUGUUAAUUCCAGAUCACAUGACCUGCUCCACAUGAUGUCAUUUCCUCCUGAAGAAAAGACUGGCCAGACUCCAAGGCUUUCUGACUUAUUUAAUAUAAAGUAGUGUGUGAGUCAAGUGUCAACAGGUUUACUACAAUAUCUUUAUAAAUAACUUUUAUUAUUUUAUUUAAAUAAUAAUCUCUAAAAAUGCCAUGUGGUGUUUGGUUAUAGGCGGCCUUGUUGAUUUUAGGCCUGAAAACAGAAAAAAUGUCGACUAUGAUACCUGUCAACUAUGUUACAAAAAGUCCCACAAUUAUAUAUUGACCCAGUGGAAGGUUAGAUGAUGUUUCUUAUGAAUUAACAUGGUGUCACUAGAUGAAUUACAAGUGGAUCACUAUUAACACAAAGAGUGAAUUUCAGCAGCAGAUCUGAUAAAAACCAGACUAUUUAUUUUUUAAAAUUAGUCAGAGGGACGGUGGUGUUUGAUGAUAAAAUGUUCUAAUAAUUUUGGUUAUUCAGAAGAGGUAAGGACUAACAAGUGUCACCAUUAUAUCUAAAAGGACCAGGAAGACAGGGACUGUGGUAAUGAACAAAGUGUAGCUGUAUUGGACAUGAAAAGAAAAUGAAUCCAUCAGUUCAGAUUGUGUUUGUCACUGCGGAUGUGAUUGUUUCCACCACAGCUCUGAUGUGAACUCCUUUUGUGCUGCUCCAACUUGAAGCCCGGAGGAAUAAUUCUAAUUCAUGAACAUGGUCCUCGAGGCUUUAAUCUUCUAAAUGCGUGCAGUUGGUGAAUAUUAACCUUCAGUUCUGUAUGAUAGCAUAAUAUAAUGGCUAUAAAAGAAAUAAACUAUCAUAGUGUGGUGCUUGGUUCUGUUUCGCUUUCUGUGCUGUGCUCUCUGUUGUUUCUACAGGUUUUUGAGAGUUUGUACAAAAUGGUGAAUAUAUUAUGAAUAAAUGAGCAUAAAGUUAAGUUUGUAGAAUCUUGAAGUUAUGAAAACAUCGACAACAUUAACCAGCAGGUCAGCCAGCACUGAUAAAAACAGCUGCCUGGUUGUUUCCACUGAACUUUAUUCCAGCUCUGUUUUUAAGACCUGCUUCUUGUUUCAUGUUCUUUGUAUGCAUAAAUAUCUCUUUGCAUCAGUGAAGUCGACAUGACACUAAAUAAUAAAACCUCACAUUUUCCACAGCAGACAUGAAAUAUUCUUUUAUAUCUGCUCUUUCCCAUCACCAGGCUCUCGAAACAAACAGACUCAGUGGUGAACGGUUUGGGGUGAACAUGCAGCGUGUCGCGCUCUGCCCUGUAAUUUCCACAGAAUUGUUUUUAAAUUACGUCUAUCAUUUGCGAUGCGAGAUGUAAAAACGUUGUACUUCCAUGUGCAGCAUUUACUUUCAAUCCACUGUGGAAAACUGUUGCAUUAAAACACGGAGAUGAAAUGA